GCGCCGGUUACGAGCAAUGGGUGGGAAGUUGGUUUUAUUGGAGUGUGAGGACAAGGAAGAACUUAGAGACUUAGUGUAGGGAGCUCCGGAUUGGUUAGGCCAAUGGUUCCUAGAAGUAAAACCAUGGUCACCACCAAUGGUAGCAAACGAAAGAUUUGUGUGGAUGAGAUGCCAAGGAGCCCCUUUGCAUGCUUGGGAUCUAGAAUUUUUUGAGAAUAUGGCAGUUGCUUGGGGUAAAUUUAUCUGUUUGGAUGAUAGUACCAGCAAGAAAAGAAGGUUCAACAUUGCUCGUUUCCUCAUCUCAACGUCCAUCAUGGAUUCAAUUUCAGUCAAAAGACAAAUUAGAGUCAAUGGUGUGAUAUACAACUUAAAAUUCACUGAAGAGGAACAGACGAACAGCCUUUUCUCAAUCAAAUAUGACUUCAUGCCAAAUUUCAAGAGUGAAUCAGAAAAUGAAGAAUCAUGGUCAGAAGUUAGUGAUUAUGAAGAUGAACACGGAGUAGAUUGGCAGACCAUCGCCGGAGAAGAAGUAGAAGCUGGUGGCACAUGGGGUCUAUACAGAAAAGACAUGGGGUUGGCUGUCAUCCCGUCCUUCAAGGAAGAGGGUGAAUUUGAAUUAGAAAAAGCCAGCAAUGAUGUGAGGCAAUCCAAAAAGGUUGACAAGAGAUCACAAAGCCAGAUUGAGGAAGAAGAUUCAGUAGAAGUGGUGGCAGAUAGCAUUAAUGUGGAUGAAUAUUUGAAUGAUGCAGGAGACAGAGAAGACGUUGGGGAAUGCAACUCUGAUUCAAAUGCAAAAACUCAAGCCACAACGGAUCCUAUUGAGGAUUCGAAAGCCAUUGGGUUGGAAUUAAGGACCAAGCCCAUUAGGGAGGAGGUGGGCCAAAUGCACCUCACAACAAAAGAAAUGGAUACUGCAGCUUUGGCCAAUGGAGAAAGGAGUAGCAACAUGCAAUCGGGAAAUAAAAUGAGGCCUGUUAGUGCAGUUGAGAAAGGAGCAACCUGUAGACAAAAAAGGAGCACAAAAGGAGGGUCUACCACGGAAAACUCUAGGCUGUUCUGGGUAGGAUUUGCAAGUGACGAAGGCUGUGAGAGGGAAGGGAGAGGUAAAAAGGGAAAAAGAGAGAAGAAAAGGAAGAGGAAGAGAACAAAAUUAUGUAGCUCGGUAUAUCAGAGAGCCACUUUUCUUGGGCGGCUAAACCAAAAGAAAAAAGGCAAAGCUAAAGCUCGGCCAAGACAACCAGAGGCGCAAGGGAAGAAGAUUCCGGAGUUUGUUCCAUGCGCUAGCAAUCCAAUAGCAGGAGGCUCAGUGGGGGACAGCGGUAUUGAGAAUUGCAACAGAAUUUUGAAGAAGCAACCAAGCAGAAAUAUUGUAGUAGAUCUAUGGAAUUUUGCCAAAAAAAUAGGGGUAGUAGCUGAGAAUGAGGAGAAUGUUAUUAAAAGACUUGAGGAGAUGGAGUCGAGAGACAGGAAAGCUAAAGAAGAGGAGAACUCAAGGAAAACGGCCAAGGGACAGAAGGUUAGUUGUUCUGCACAAUGAAUAUUAUGUCCUAUAACAUUAGAGGGUUGGGGGGUGUUGGAAAGAAAAGACAACUUAGACAAUUAGUGUGUAAAGAGAAGGUAGAUUUUUUGGCUGUUCAAGAA